GACCGUUUCUGGACGCAAACAAAACGGGGAGGGACUUUCAUGAAUUUGUCUAAUAAACUCUCGGUUUCGUUGCAAAACGCAACUGUUUUGCUAUUGAUUACACCCCUGCUUCCGGUCGCCACCACUUUGACAUGUUAUUUUGUCUACUGGCUCACACAUUAACUUCGUUUUUUUUGUAUAUAUAUAUAUCUUCUCCGUGGAUCUCCCUAUCGGCAGAUCAAAGCCACAAAUCUGUUUUGUCUCCACGGAAACGACGUGCUGUCACCUCAAAAGUGGAACAAAUAACAGAGGAACAGUCUGUGGAGCUUGCCUCCUCAACUGGCUUUUCACCUCUCCCCAGGUCCCCCUCCACAGGCUUGCCAGGAGGGACAGGGACUGAGGAAUGGCUUUCAAGGCUGGAGAUAGUUUCUUUAGACAAUCUUGCAAACACUAUGGCCACAACUAUGAAAAAGGUAAGCUUGUUCUUACAUAGUUGAAAUGUUUGUAUGGAUUGCUUCAGAGAUCCUGUCUCAGCGAGAGGGGCGCCACGUAAGUCUCUCUUUCAAAUUUCCUAAAAUGAAACCAGCAAAUACUAAAGAACUUUUGAAUUCAAUGAAUUUGCAUGUAUGUGUAAUUUGGGGAAUAGUAUUAAAUAUAAAUGUAUGUGCAUGUAUAGAGACUGGGUGAAUAGGCGAUGUGAACUUUGCUUGUGUUAGGUGUUAAGCGGAGUGGGCAUGCAUGCGCUCAUUCUGAUCAGACCGUUCGAAUGUGUAGCUUAAAUGAUGCGGUUGUUUGCGCAUCUGGCUGAGAUGGCUGGCUAUAAUAAGGGACAGAUAAUGUAGGUAGAAAAUCCUGUGAUACUUCUUCAAUAAAAUUAGUAGAAGGAAUGCUUGGACAGGUUACUUAUGAAUAAUGGCUCUAAAAAUAAUAGAGAACUGCAUAAAUAAGUAGUUAGGAAGCCACGAUACCGCUCUUUAAAAAAGGAACAUUUUUGAAGAGGUCUGCUUGGGUGGGAUAUUCACGGCAGAAUAGUCUGUGGGUGAAAUAUUUAGGUUGCAGGAAAAACGUUGGCCCGAUUGUGCGGCGUUCAACUGCAAAAGCAGCUUAUAUGGUUAAAACAUAAAUCAGUAGUUAAAUAAAUAUUCAUGGUUACCGCCCCGAAAGGGGGACUGUACAGGUGAAAUAUUUAGGACGUUUGCCCGAUUGUGCGGCGUUCAAAUGCAAAAGAAAUCCUGCGAAUAAAAAAUGCUCUGUCUAGCUAACGGGGUUUUGUAAUUCAGUAGGUCACGCCACAAUACUACUCUAAAAUAGAAGAAAAGAUCAGUAUUGGGGGGUUGAAUAGAAUAUGAAGACAAGCUGAUCCGAUUAGACAGUAGUCUCGUCAUAUUGUAGAAAUCUUAGUAGUCUAGGCUUAUGUAGGAGGAAGUGAAUUAAGUCAAUAAAGACAGACUGUAAGUUGUUUUGAGGUAAAAACAAAGGGAUUGAAUGAACGAAUGGAAAAAUAAAUGAAUGUAUGAAAAUAUUGUAAGAGAAUGAGUGGAUCUGUGUAAAGAUAGAACAUUAGGAAGAAAGAUAGGACAGGUUGUGUGUGUGUAGGCAGAACGGCCAGAAGAGGGAGCGCGCAGCCCUCCUGUGAAUAGAGUAUAGAGUUGUAGAAGGGUGCAGUUAACUGCUAUUAGGCAGAUGGAACGAAGUUAAGAAACAUCGAAGUAAAAUAAGUUAUAAGCAAGGAUAAAAACAAUUAUGUGAUAAAGUGGUAAGAGACCGCGGUAAAAAUAACAAAAAGGUGUCAAAACAAAUAUUAAAUAAAAAUACUUAAAAAGGCGUUAACCGAUUAGUAUAAAUACGGAUAGAGCAGUGGGUAACAAAAGAGAAAACAGAAUCGCCGAUAAAUUGAAAUUAUACUAUAAAGUUAAAAACGAAUCUAGGUUAGUUAAGAUAAAUAGUGGAAUCCAUGACACAUUAAGAAUUCAUUACAGUGAAACAAAGGAAGAGGAAAAAAAACAGGCCGUCAGUCACUCUGUGCCUACAGAAGCUACGGUCUAAAAAUAGCCUGAAGAACAGGGGAGGCUUGACUCACUAGUAAAUUGACCAUAGGAUCAAACAAUAAGAAUAUAGAGAAGAGGUAAGAAAGUAUAGACAAAAUAAAUAAAUAAAGGUAAAAGUAAGACGUUAGAUAGAGAUCUUAACGGAGCGGGCAGUGGACCUGUGUGGCUCAGUUGGUAGAGCAUGGUGCUUGCAACGCCAGGGUUGAGGGUUCAAUUCCCAUGGGGGACCAGGAUGAAUAUGUAUGAACUUUCCAAUUUGUAAGUCGCUCUGGAUAAGAGAGUCUGCUAAAUGACUUAAAUGUAAUGUAAAUGUAAUCUUAAAAAUUGAUUAGAACUGUAAUAACAAACCAAACGAAUAAAAUGAAUAAAUAAUGAUAUCUGUAAAGGAAAAAACACAGUGAUAUUUGAAGUACUGUCCUAGAAUAAGACAUUAAGUCAUCUGUAGUACUGUCCUAGAAUAAGACAUUAAGUCAUCUGUAGUAUUCAGAAAUAAUGUCUGUACUAUAUAGAGUAGGCUUCGAUAAAAGAAAUUAAGUGAUGUGACAAAUGAAUUAUUAAUUGGAAAGGAGAUUAGCUCUACCUCGGAAAAAUAGUAAAUAAAAGGUGUAUAAUACAUGGGAGUAUUUAGGAAAAAUAAAUAAAUAAUUAGUGGCAUGACAAUAAAAUGACUGUUUCCAUAAGAUAGAGAGAGAAGGACACUAUUACCUGAUAAACAGGAUGAAUAGAAUAAGGGAGGCACAGUCGCAUGGGACCAAAAUGUGAAGCUCGAUUUGCAGGCGUUCUGAUGUCAACAUUCUAUCAUCAGAAAAUACAUUGCGAUGAGGUACAAAUGUGGUUCCUCUAGUCCUCGCAGAUGUGCGGGUGAUUAGCAGAACUAUUGACAAUAUCUAAGAACGAAUAAGAAAAUAGCUCUCUGUUUUGAAUAUGGGUAUAUCGGGUAUGGGGAAAAUUAGUGUAAUGUGACACUAGAACUUAGUGCGGUAGCAGGAAAUUCCGCUAUACAAGAGUUUAUAUCCUUGUCAAAAUAACAAACAACUAAUCGGUUUGAGGUUAGUGAGAAUGGAAUUUUUUACUUGUCGGUGUGUAGUCUCUGAGCGAACAAUGAGUGUUUCAUAGAGAUUACAGUUUAUAUGUGAUCAAGAAGAAGUAUUAGAUCACGUUUGACUUGACAUCUAGUAGAGUACAGAUGGAAUUUUAAUUGUUAGGCAUUCUAUACCGUCAUUCUCUGAAAACUGUUAAAACGUUUAUGAAAUAAAAACUAUUUGCUGAUUAAAAGGUAACAUUGUGAAUAUUAACGAUAUGUAUACUUUCUUUUCCAGGAAAAAAAGGGUUUAUUUCCAAUUCAGUUUCAAAUUGGGUAUGCAGAAGGAUGGAAAUGUUUUUUGAGAAAUGUAUUUAAGUUGUUCCUAAAGAAAGGGGAGUGGAAACAUAUUAAUGGUGUCAAAAUGCCCUGAAUCCUAAGAAUUUCCUGUGAAAGACUGAUCACCUUUUACUAGAAAUUGUUGAAACAGGUGGGAUUUAAUUAUAAAAUGAUUAAAAGACACCAGACUCUAUUCAAAAUGUAUAAUUACUUUGAAAAUCUAUUAUGUCCCUGGGAAAAUUAUAAAGAUUUGUACCCUUAAAUUGAAUUACUUAUUCAAAUAGGUUGAAUUUUUAUUUGAAUUUUGAUAUAACAUGAGUUCAUAGGUAAAAUUAUCAGUUCCUUGGGGUUAUGGUCUUUGGGUAAAUACACAAAUGUGCUUUGUUCAUUCUGCAUAUAAAAAGUGUUGAAAGUUAUUCCAAAGGGUUUAUUGGAGUGUGGGUUUCUGUGAGGGGUUUUGUUGAUAAAUACAUCAUCUGUAAUUCAUCUGAGAGAUCACCAGUAGAAUAAGGGAGUUAUCAUAAAAGGUGACGACAGAAUGCUUUAAGGCAUGGGAGAGAAUAUCACCACAAGUGGGUGUGGAGCUCAAACCCACCCUGACCGACUGAAUGGUGAGGGACAACUGUGUCUGAUGACCUGUGAACUGUGUUUAAAAAUAGACAUGCUGAAAUAUAUUUGUUGGGUGAAUAAUGACUUAAAGGAAUUGAGGUACUGACCUUUUAUUAUCAGGCCACUCAUGAGAGAAAAACUGAGACUAAAGGGAUAUUGUACAAUAGAUAAUACUGGUAUUUAAAGUGUUUAGUAUAAAUGUUAAUUAUUAAAGGGAUGAUGUGUAUUGAAUAGAUAAGGUCAAAUUUGAGUUAAAGUAAACACUAAGGACUGUUAUCCUGAAUAUUGGGUUGGAAAUGUAUUUAAAAAAUAACUGUUUAGUUAUUUAGAUAUAGAACUGUUUAAAUUUAAUAGGCCUAGGGAAGCUCUGGAAACUAAUCCUGAGACAAGGAGGUUGACAAAACUUACAGAAUAUUAGAUUACAGGUUUUUUUGUUUCUUUUGUUUUAUAAAGUCAUUGUAAUUGUAAUGAUAAAAUGUAAUGUUUAAUUGAAUAAAAAGGUAGUCUGUUGUGCGAUGAUACCCAUGAAUGAAGAAGAAAGAGACCAAUAAUAACAUGGGCAUAGAAUGAAACAGAUGGACGUUUUCUCCAGGUUUAAUUACAUUACAAAUAGUGGUAAUUUAUUGCAAAUGGGUAAUUAUUAUAAUUUUUUUUCUCUUUUUCUCGUUUGGUCAAUUUAUUUUUGGUUUGAGGAACAUAAGGUUGUGUAUAUGUUCCUGAGGAGGGACUGAUACUGAUAUAAAUGAUAUAUAAAUUGACUUAAGGAUGUUUUAAGUAUGUAUCAAACAAUGGCUGUUAUGGGUUAGGGAUCUCAUAAAGGAAGGUAAUGGUAGUGAAGGGGUGUUAUUUCUAGAAACUAUGUAUAGUAAUAGAGAUAAUUCACAGAAAAGGAAAGACAGCUGGCUGUGUAAAAUAUAGGGACAAUUCUAAAGUGAAUAGAACAAUUCACAUAUGGUAAAAUGGUAAAAAGGUAAAAAUAAUAAGUGGUGGCAUUUUGAACAUUAGAGCAAAAGUUUAAGAAACUUAUGACUUAGUUUUGUUAGGAUUGGAUAUUAAUCCAACUGGAAGACACUUGACUGAUUAUAUGUUAUUUUACAGCAGUUGCUGUAGGGACCAUCAUUUGACUAUCAUUAUGAAUAUUUCUGUGGCAGGAGGCCAGGUAUUUGAGGCAGAAUGGAUACAUAGGGCUGUUAUUAAAAAUUAAGAUUUAGUGAUCUUGCUAAUGUUGUCAGGAAAUAACCCAUGUGUUAGUGUGUAUGUCCUCAGGAAAAAACAGCCAGAAAUGGAAGGGCUUGGGCUGCAUUCUGGAGACUGAGUGUACAUCAAGAUACACCAGGCUGGUGGUAUACUUCUUACAACACUGCAGUGGUAAAGUUCUUCAUGUCUCUCUUUGGUGGGUACAUAAGUCUCACGAGAAUUGAGGUCCAGCUGAAUAAGGGGUGAGCUUGAAAACACCAUGACAGAGGACGUGGAAUCAGAGAGAGAGAGAGAGAGACUAGAUUCCACUAUAGACAUACUGGGUUGAGUUUGGGGGCUACUAUAGACAUACUGGGUUGAGUUUGGGGCUACUUGUUUCCUUUUUUUUAAUGCAUCAUGUGAAAAAGAAUAGAUGAUAGGAUAUUAUACUCUAAACAAACAUGUUAAAGGAAUUGAUGUGAAAGCAUAUAUAGUGUUGAAUUACGUCAAGAAGAGAUAAUGUUGAUUAAGGUUAUGCACAUGAUUAUCAGUUAAAAUGGAGCCGAUGGGAAACUAAGUAAAAAAUGACAUGAUUUGGGAACACCUCUCAGAACCUGGGGCCGAAAGGGGAAGACUGGGUGGAAGCAUGAGGAAGCUUUUUAGGGCUUUUAUUUUUGUGGAGUCCAGCAGAAAAGUAUCCUGGAGGCAUAGAGUCAGGUAAAGAGAGAGUGGGAAUUGUCAUGGUCUCAGAUUUCAGUUUUCAUGAAUAUGUUUAUGCAUAACACAUAACAUUGUCAAUGCUGUUAUGUUUUGUUUGUCGUUUUCCAAGUCUUAUGUUUAGGAAACCAGAAGGAGAGGGGUUCCCCAGCUUCAGCUGGAAUGUCAGUUUGUUGUGUGAUGAGUGAUGGAAGUAAGAGGAUGUAUGGUGCAAUCAUAGAACAGAGGCCAUAAGUCUCUAAGUAUGAAUGCCUCACAGAAAGAAGGCAGAAACCUGAACCAGGACGAGAGGUUCUGCGUCUGAUGAUCCAAGGGGACCAGAAGGACCUCUCCAGUGAUACCAGGAGAUCUAGUCCACAUUCGAGGGAUCCGGAGGAAGUGGGAUCAACAGAGGAGAGAUGGACCCUAUGAGGUGGCCAAAGCAACAAGAACGGCCGUCCAAGUGAAAAGAAGCCAGACGUGGUACCAUCUGAACCACUGCAGCUGAGUCCCAACGGAGAGAAGAAUACAACCACAUAGAGAUGAGGACACAGAGGAUGCUGAUUCACCAGGAGGGAGCCCGGAGGGAGCAAGAGCAGCGGAAACGAUUGAGACGCCAGGGAGGAGCCAAGAAAACAGCAAAUCAACUGAAAGCCAAAAUACGACACGUGCACCGACUAAUGCACCCAGAAGAGGAGGAGAGGCCUCACAAUGAACAGAAUGAGAACAUCUUUUCCCUAAAAAUUGAAACCCUUCCAGAUGGAAGCUAAGUCCGGCCUGAGGAGGGAGCCUCAGGUGAAGAAAGAGGAGGAAAAGUCCCGCAAGCUGAAGAAAAUGGGGAUUACCCCACAAUUGACUUUUAAACUUUUGAAUGGCCUCCUUUACAGACAAUUGAUGUUAGAACAACAAAAGAAUAAUGACAUUGACAUAACAGAAGUAACAGUGAAUGCUAGUAUAGAAACAACAGACUAAUGCACAAUCAAGAUGUAUGGUGGGAGCAGGAAGAGAAGAAUGUAAUCAGCCGAACAAUCCAAAAAGACUGACAAGGUUAGAAUCUCUGUUCCACCUCAACUUAUAACAGGAGCAGGAGAACUGAAGUCUAUCUCAAUCAUAAGGAUCAAACCCUUACCGGAGAUGGCACUCUGUGGAUGGACACAUCACCAAACAAAGGGACAAGUCGUUUGAGGAUCUGAAAGGAUGUGACCUGACAUUAAUCAAAGAAAAAGACGAGAGGGUGCUCAUCAUGAAUCAGAUUGAACCAGUUGAAGGUGAAGAAUUAAUAGUUGAAAUAACAAGAACAACAGUGACCGAAGGGAGUAGCACCACGGUCAUUAAGAUUGAUCCCACCCCUGCACAUGAACAGGAAGAACCUGUGACAACAACAAGGGUGGCGGCUGCUGUGACGACCACAGUAGCUAUCACUAGAUGACAUCGACUGUCCUUACCAAGCAGACCACCGUACCCACAAAGCAACCUGAGACAUCAGUCAGGAGAGUUUUUUUUACUGACAUUUGGAACUUUCUGAUAAACUCUAAUGAUCUACCUCAAGAUAAGAACAUUGAAAAAGCAACAGAAUUAGAUAUAUCAGAAUCAGAACCACUCAAGGACACCACACGAGAAGAAGUAGUGAAGAAGGAGUGAUACGAAUGGGCUAAGUAUAUGGCAAACAGACACAGAAUGGACAAUUGUAUUUUAUGAAGAAAAUCACCUUUGUCUGAUCUUUUAAUAGUCUCUGAACCAGCAUCAUGUAAAAACUGUGUAAGUUGGAAAAAUGACUAUUGUACCAAUAGAAAGUAUUCUAUUCCCUUGUGUGACAUAAAAUGUAGGAUUGCUCUGGGUAAGCACUAGGGGUAAAACUAUGUUGAAUGAGACCAUGCUGGGAGACAAUGAUUGUGUUGCCUAUAACAUUAGAACUGAAUUAAAUGUACCUCAAUUAGACAGAGGUACCAUGGUUAAAGGAAAAUAUGAAUGUUUUUACAGACACCACACCGAAGGAAUUGAUGUAGGAAACACCACUGUAGAAAUGAUACUAUUUGGGUGUUAGAGAAUGUGGGAGUUCGUAAAAGUAAUGAUAAAGGGUUGAUUAUGAAUAGAAAAGGGUUGUGUGGUCACAUAACUCAGGUUGCGCCAUCUCUUACUAUGUUGAAAAAUCAAGACAGAGGUAUUGCUGAUUGUUCUUUCCACACAUCCAGAAACUAACUGUUGAAUGUAUUGUCUGAUGGAUGGAUUGGUCUUUGUGCCUUAGUUAGAGCAAUUAAAUAGGUUACUAUUAUUACAUCACCCCAUGAUGACUAUGUUAAACCUAGAGUUAAAAGGGCUUAUGAGAAGGAUCCUGAGGUAUACCUUAAUGCAAUUGGACUGCUUAGAGGUGUACCUAGGGAGUUCAAGACAAGAGAUGAAGUUAAAUCAAGAUUUGAAUCUAUAUUUUUGUGGAAAACACCUAAUAAAAAAUUAGAGUGGAUUAAUUAUAUAUACUAUAACCAACAGAGAUUCAUUAACUAUACUGACUCGGCUCUAACGGCGUUGGGGGAACAGGUACAGGCUACCAGUAAAAUGACUUGGCAAAAUAGACAGGCUCUCAAUUGGCUCUUAGCGGAGAAGGGUGGAGUUUGUGUCAUGUUGGGGAUGGCUGUUGCACCUUUAUUCCCAAUAUUGCUAUGGCCAAACUCAAAGGAUUACGAGCAGAAGUAAAGGCUAAUGCUGGUUUAGACUCUCAUGUAUGGGAUUGGUUGGACCUAGCGUUAGGAAAGUGGGGAGCCAUGUUUGUUAGGAUGGCCAUCAUGUUGGGAGGAGGGUUAUUGGCUCUGGGUAUUGUAUUUUGUUGUGUUAUACCCCUGGUAAAGUCAAUUGUGGUUCAGACAACAGUUAAACAGAUGUCUGUAAGGAGAGAUGACCCUCCUGUGGUGAUUGAUCCUGUACCGAGAAGCCCAGGCAAUUAUACCAAUAAGUAUGGAAAGCCUUGCAAUGCGGUUGGAGGACCUCUUGACUGCCCCUUUAGUAACCCUAACUGUCUCUAUGAAGUGAUUGGGGGGGUGGUCAUGCGUGUCACGAUUUUCGUAAGGAUGGUUUCCAUGUAUAUGUUCAAUUACCCAGUUCAGAUGUAUGUUUACUUAUACAUGUCCGCAAAAAGUGUAAUUUGCGUCACAAUUGCAAGUGGUGUACAAAAAUUGAUGAGGAUGGUCAUAACCAUCACCCGGAACCUUUUUCCUGUGCCAAGUGUUAAAGAGGAGAUUGUCUUAUUUGUCAGGAUGAGGACUGUGCUCCUAGAUAAUGGGGUUUUAGCAUUUUUAUUUGGCCUGAUGCUUUGUGUUCUUUGUAUGUUUCUUUGAAUUUUUAGAUAUAUAUCGAUGAACAUAUAUAUUUUCUUUUCCUUUAAGUUAGUUUUGCCUUCUAAAAAUAGGAUCAUUUUACGAACACAUGUUAGGUAAGAGGGUAUUCCGGUUACAAGUGUCUAUGGACCAUGUCCUUAAUCUUCUUAACAAAGGUUGGUAUCAUUGAUAUCACUUUAUUAGAGAGGUGUCUGCGAGGGAGGAUUAUGUUGACAUGCUUAAAUUUAGAAUGAUGUGUCAAUUUUCUUUUGUAACUGCAUGUAGGUCUUUGAUUUUCUCAUAUUCAAUUUAGUAUUAUACUCAUUGUAUUUUAUUUUCAUUUUUAAAUUUUCACAUAACUGAGAACUUCAGGCAAGGCUAGGUACCUACAUGCUCAUGUUUUUUCAAAAAUGUAAUAUAUUAAUCUUUUUAAUUUUAUACUAAAUUAGAUCUUUUACUCUUAUGAAAACUGGAGAUGUUUGGUCUAGUUAGGUUUUCAUUAAUGUUUCUAAUUGGAUCUUUUACUCCUAUUUUAGUUUUAAUCAUUUGGAGAUGUUUGGUCCAGUUGGUUUAUGUGUUUUAUUCUGUUUUUGUAUUUUCUUGUUUAUCAUAGGUAUUCUCGUUUACUGUCCCAAAGUCAUAUUUGUAUAUUUUAUGUGGCUAUUUAGCCCCAGAGGUGGGAUUGUAGGAGAAAAAAUAGACACAUGGAUAACAUAUAAAGACAUAAGAUAGCUGAACAGUAAAAUAACAUACAUGUCAGACAGAUAGGCGCCUAAAGCAAUUGGACACUAGACAUAUAGUCUGACCAUUCCAUUAAGUACAUACAUGUCAGACACAUAGGCGCCUAAGGAAAUUGGACACACUAAGGAUAGGGGAGAACAGAACAAAGAGUGCAUUGAUUUAUGGGUGAAGGGAAGGGACACGGGGUCUGCUGACACACUGGGAUAGAGGGUCCGGCCACCAUGAUAAACUAAUUGAAAGCAGAUGGUGGUGAAUGACUUCAUAAGGGAUGGGCAUAAGACUAUGUGGAUAUAAAAUGUUGGAGCCGGGGCUGGGAAGGUGUGUGUUCCGCGGGACAUUCCAGCUGGCUAUACAAUUGUAAUAAAAGCAUGUUUUGAUUUCACAAGUUCUGAUAAAGCGUUAUAUUUGAACCGAUUUUCCACGACAGAGGAAAAAGGGGGAAGCUUGCAAGCUGAAGAACACCAUCCCAACCGUGAAGCACGGGGGUGGCAGCAUCAUGUUGUGGGGGUGCUUUGCUGCAGAAGGGCUACGUCACAAAACAUACGUCACAAAACAGAUGGCAUCAUGAGGUAGGAAAAUUAUGUGGAUAUAAUUGAAGCAACAUCUCAAGACAUCAGUCAGGAAGUUAAAGCUUGGUCCAAAUGGGUCUUCCAAAUGGACAAUGACCCCAAGAAUACUUCCGAAGUUGUGGCAAAAUGGCUUAAGGACAACAAAGUCAAGGUAUUGGAGUGAUCAUCACAAAGCCCUGACCUCAGUCCCAUAAAAAAAUUGUGGGCAGAACUGAAAAAGUGUGUGCGAGCAAGGAGGCCUCCAAACCUGACUCAGUUACACCAGCUCUGUCAGGAGGAAUGGGCCAAAAUUCACCCAAAUUAUUGUGUGGAAGCUUGUGGAAGGCUACCUGAAAUGUUUGACCCAAGUUAAACAGUUUAAAGGCAACGCUACCAAAUACUAAUUGAGUGUAUGUAAACUUCUGACCCUCUGGGAAUGUGAUGAAAGAAAUAAAAGCUGAAAUAAAUCAUUCUCUCUACUAUUAUUCUGACAUUUCACAUUCUUAAAAUAAAGUGGUGAUCCUAACUGACCUGAGUUUAAAUGUAUUUGGUUGGCUAAGGUGUAUGUAAACUUCCGACUUCAACUGUAUGUGUGCGUGUAUAUAUGCAUGUUCCUGUGUGUGUGUGUGUGUGUGUGUAGUCAAGGGGAAGGCAAAGAAGGCCAAGCGAGCGUGUGCUGUGGAGCCACUGCUGGAAGGGGAUGAGCUUUGUGACACAACUGGCAGGAAAUGGAGGCUGGUGAAACUGUUGAGUCAGAGCGAUGCAGAGAUGUUCUAUGGAGUCCAGCAGAAUGGGCAAGGUGCCAAUUCCAGUGACUACAAGCACAUCCUCAAACUAGGGGCUAAGGACGGGAAGAUGUUUAAUGAGCAAAAUUUCCUGCAGAGAGCUGCCAAGCCCUCAUCUGUGGACAAGUGGAUAAAGCAUGCCAAGAUGGACUUCCUUGGGAUUCCUUCCUGUGUCGGAUUUGGUCUCCAUGCAGACUCCUACAGGUUUUUGAUUUUCUCCAGCAUGGGCCAAACUCUUCAGUCUUUCAUGGAUGAGGGGGAGGGGCUCCUGUCUGAGGAAGUGGUCCUUCAGCUGGCCUGCAGAGUAUUGGAUGUGUUGGAGUUCAUCCAUGAAAAUGAGUAUGUUCACGCAGACAUUCAUGCUGAAAACAUCUACAUCAGCCCAGCACAACAAACAAAGGUAUACCUUGCAGGGUACUGCCAUGCUUUCCGGUACUGUCCUGGUGGCCGGCAUGUGGAGUACCGCGAUGGCAGCCGAACACCACAUGAAGGAGCCAUAGAUUUUAUAAGCCUGGAGUCUCACAAGGGAGCAGGUCCGUCUCGGCGUAGUGACCUGCAGGCUCUGCCCUGGACCUCCCUCACACACACUCCAGCCCGCGUUGCCACUGAGAAGGAGAGGUACAUGGAGGACGUUCCAGGUCUCCUGAGUCACUGCUUCGGACAGAAGAAAGUCUCGAGUGCGCUGCAGGUGUACCUGUCUCAGGUGAUGGCUCUGCAGUACUCUGACCAGCCAGACUACAGGACUCUGAGGACAGGCCUUAGUGCAGCUCUGCAGAAGCUGGGAGGGUCACUGGAGCAACCCCUUGACCUACAGAUGAAAGCGAUCUGAGGAAGAUGAUACUUUGGGAUGAAAAUUCAUUAAUGGGAUUUUAAGUCAACUGAUUUUAAAAUGCUGACUUCAUGACUAUGUGGUGUGGGUCCUGCUGUGGUUUUAUUAUGUUGGACUGCACUCAAGGAGGAGUGUGUAAAGGUGCAUUUCAUUAAGUUCACUGGAGGUGCAGUGCACACAAACUCAUGGUUAUGCCAGGUUAGUGAGCACUGCUGUACUGUGUUAUUGGGUCCCGUGUGGCUCAGUUGGUAGAGCAUGGCGCUUGCAACGCCAGGGUUGUGGGUUCAUUCCCACGGGGGGCCAGUACAAAAAAAGUAGGAAUGUAUGUACUUGUAAGUCGCUCUGGAUAAGAGCGUCUGCUAAAUGACUUAAAUGUAAAUGUAAAAUGUUAUUGUCAGCAGUGGUUGGCGCUGUGGCAGUGAGUGGGUAGUUAAUGUUUAACCUAUGAAAUAAUACAGUUUAUAACAAAGAACCUUUGUUCAGGGUGGUAAUGAUUGUAAGUACAAAAAUGUACACUGUUCCAGUUAUAGAUGUACAUGAUAUGCAUUUUACUUUUUGUAUUUUCAUCACUGGAUAAUACUUUGUUAUUAAAGAGCUUUUAUUAAUUCAA